GGAUCCUACAACAUCGUCCACGUUCUCGAUCUGGGGGGCGUCAAGCUCGUGGUGCGAGUGCCGGCAACCGGAUGGGGCUCGGGCAUGACUGCGACGGCGGCACAAGCUUUGAAGUCCCAGGUUGCCACGCUGCGUCUGAUCCGCCGCAGCACAUCCAUUCCUGUACCUGAAGUCUACGGCUGGGAUCCGACAAGCGACAACGAGAUUGGAGCUCCGUACGUCUGCAUGAGCUUUCUGCCGGGCAAGAGGGUUUCCGAUAUCUGGUUCGAUGAUUCCGGGCCCCUCCCGCGAGAUGAACUGCGACGCGCCAUCCUUGCAAAUCUGGCGAGGACGAUGGCCCAGUUUUCCGAGUUGAGGUUCGACAAACUCGGCUCAGUGAACGGAGAUGGCAGUCUGCGAGUGGAGGCGUCGGGGCCGUACACCUCUGCUUCUGAGUACCUCCGCAGUCGCUUAAUGCUGAGAGAAGGCAACGUCUGGGCCCGGGCCGAGACGAAAGUCAUGCACGCUCUCAUGCGCUCCUGGCCAGAUCUGGACCCAGAAGACGGGUUCGUGCUGUGUCCGCCGGACUUCGACUCCCAAAACAUUCUGGUAGAUGAAGCAGGCACCAUCACGGGCAUCAUUGACUGGGAUCUGGCCCAUACGGUGCCGCGACGCCUAGGAUAUUGCCGCUACCCAGGGUGGAUCACCCGCGAUUGGGACCCCCUCAUGUACGGCUGGCCUAAGAUGGCGGACUCCGAGGACUCUCCAGAGGCGCUGGCCCAGUACCGGGCAUACUACAACGACGAGAUGGGCAAGGCGCUUGACUGGCAGGGUGACUGGAAGUUCACCGAGAAGUCUCACAUCACUGAAGCGGUGUGGAUUGCGGCGCUGAACCGUAUUAAUCGGCUGGAAAUCUGUCGCAAAUUUGUC